GAGUGGGAGAGACCUGACAGUGGGACCAGCUGCAGUGAGCCGUGCCCCGCCGCCCCCCCGGCUGAAGGAUGCUCGAAGAACCCGUCCCGGCCACCCGAGAGCCCGAGCAGCUCGGAGCAGUCAAACUGGAGGAAGAGGAGGCCGUCGGUCAGGAGGACCUCAGGCACACUGAGGCCAGGCCCCGGCCCGAGGUGGCUCACCAGCUCUUCAGAUGCUUCCAGUAUCAGGAGGACAUGGGGCCAAGGGCGUCCCUGAGCCGGCUCCGGGAGCUGUGCUGCCGCUGGCUGCGGCCGGCUCUGCACACCAAGGAGCAGAUCCUGGAGCUGCUGGUGCUGGAGCAAUUCCUGAGCGUGCUGCCCCCGCACCUGCUGGCCCGGCUCCAGGGCCAGCAGCUCAGGGACGGCGAGGAGGUUGUGCUGCUGCUGGAGGGUGUCCAGAGGGAGUCCAGCGCCGUGGGGCCACUGGAUUUUAGUUUUAAUGCUGGCAAGAACUGUCCCCGCGCAGACGUCACUUCGGAGGACCAGGGGGGCUCUUCCCAGGUCUCCAGCCACAGCCCCAAAAAGGAAGUGCCCUCAGAAGGACCCCCGGCCCCGGAGCCAGCCGUGGAGCCCCCGGCAUCCCAGCCAGGGCCCUCCAAGCCUGCUGAGCUGGGGACCUGGAGACAUCCCCCAAGUUCAAAGCAGCCACUGAGCCCAGGCCCCAAGAGGACAUUCCAAGCCCUGCAAGAGUGUGCCCCCCAGGGCCCUGUCCUGUGGCUGGAGGAAAACUCUCGAGACCAGGAGCUUGCAGCUGUGCUGGAGUCCCUGACCUUCGAGGAUGUCCCAGCAAAGAAGGCGUGGCCUGUCCACCCUCUGGGACCCGGAAGCAGAACCCCAGAUGAGGAGUUCAAAGAGGAGCCCAAGGCGGUCGCCUGGCCUGCAGCCCUCUCAACAGAGCCUCAGGCAGACGAUCCUGCGGCGGCGGAAGAGCCCCAUGUCCAGGUGCUGGGGCCUGGCCCCGAAGUGAGUGGCACCGGCGGCGGAGGAGGGUCCCCUCCCAGCAGGAGUGACAUUCUGGAGGUCAAAGUGGCCGACGGGCCUCCCAGGUCGGAGGCAGAGAUGGAAUUCAUCUGCACCGACUGCGGGGUGACUUUCCGACAGCUGGCCCGCCUGGAGGCGCACCAGCUGCGGAGUCACCCGGGCGCCCGGUCCUUUCCGUGCGAGCGCUGCGGGAAGAGCUUCGGCCGCAGUUCCAUCCUCAAGCUGCACAUGCGCACGCACACGGACGAGCGGCCACACGCCUGCCACCUGUGCGGCCACCGCUUCCGCCAGAGCUCCCACCUGAACAAGCACCUUCAGACGCACUCCUCCGAGCCCGCCUUCCUGUGUGCCGAGUGCGGCCAGGGCUUCCAGCGGCGCGCCAGCCUCAUGCAGCACCUGCUGGCGCACGCCGAGGGCCAGCAGUCGCCGCGCGCCCCCGAGGCCAAGCCCGAAGCGCGCGAGCUGGCCGUUGUCCUGUGCUCUCACUGCGGCCAGACCUUCCAGCGCCGCUCCAGCCUCAAGCGCCACCUGCGGAUCCACGCCAAGGACAAGGGCCACCAGUGCUCGGAGUGCUCGGGCAGCCUGCGCUCGGGCCCGGAGCGCAGGCCGUACGUGUGCAACGACUGUGGCAAGGCGUUCCGGCGCAGCGAGCACCUGGGGGCCCACCGGCGCGUGCACACGGGCGAGCGGCCCUUCUCGUGCCAGGUGUGCGGCCGCAGCUUCAGCCAGAGCUCCCAGCUGGUGUGCCACCAGCGGGUGCACACGGGCGAGAAGCCCUACAGCUGCCCGCACUGCGGGAAGCGCUUCGUGCGGCGGGCGGGGCUCGCCCGCCACCUCCUGACGCACGGCGGCCCGAGGCCCCACCACUGCACCCAGUGCGGCAAGACCUUCAGCCAGACGCAGGACCUCGCCCGCCACCGGCGCAGCCACACGGGCGAGAAGCCGUGCCGCUGCAGCGAGUGCGGCGAGGGCUUCAGCCAGAGCGCCCACCUGGCGCGCCACCAGCGCAUCCACACCGGGGAGAAGCCCCACGCCUGCGACACCUGCGGCUACCGCUUCCGCAACAGCUCCAACCUGGCCCGCCACCGCCGCAGCCACACCGGCGAGCGGCCCUACGGCUGCCAAACCUGCGGCCGGAGCUUCCGGCGCAACGCCCACCUGCAGCGGCACCUGGCCACCCACGCGGGCGCGGGGACCGAGGCGGCGUCCAGGCCGGCCGAGCCCCCGCAGGAGUGCCGGGAGUGCGGCAAGAGCUUCAGCCGCAGCUGUAAUCUGCUGCGCCACAUGCUGGUGCACACGGGGGCCAGGCCCUUCUCGUGCGCGCAGUGCGGCCGCAGCUUCAGCCGCAACUCGCACCUCCUGCGCCACCUGCGAACCCACGCCCGCGAGACCCUGUACUAGCCUCGCGCAGGUUCCGCCGGGCCCC